AAUUUCAUUCGGGAAUUUCAUUCACGAAACUCAGAAUAGCAGUUCAGACAUCCUCUCCAAAUAAGAAUUUUCGUAAACUAUGAUCUCAUUGAAUUCGAGAAGGCAUUGCUGACAUCUAAAAAAGGUUUCAAGAGUAAAUCACAUGGAAAGUUAAUCCAAUUUAUCGAACGACUAAAUAUAUUUAAUUACUACGAAAAUGAUCGAGAAUAUUUCAGGUAGGGUGCUAAGGAAAAGCCCCAGAUAACCUGAAAAAUGAAGAAUAUAUUGUGUCAUGAAUGGAUGACAAAUAGAGGAGGAUCUUUUUGUUGGGUUUUCUUGGACAGGAAGAUCUUAUUCGGUCAUAUAAAUCAACUUGUAUUCCCACUGUUGAGGCUAUGGUGAUAAUAGAAUGACACAUCAAAUUCCAGACAAGGAACUGUAAUAAGUUAUUUAAAUGACACUCAGCUGCUGCUAUGGGUUUAUAGAUUGACGAUCAGGGGACAAAGGAAAUGACGAAAACAAUUUCAAGAGUUGGAAUUAAAAACGAGUUAUAUGGGAGGAAAAGAUUAUUUCAGUCUUACGGUGUGGAGAACUUUAAUUCCAGGAAAGCAAAUCAACUGUGCCUGAAUGCUGAAGCACUAGCCCCUGUUGUCCCCGGAGAUCCUCCAGGAAUCUCAAAGUAGAGACCCUCCUCAGAAAUUUCAGGAAAAUCUUCAAAUUGAAUCCUUUAGUCUGGAUUGAAUGGCUUAUAACAUUUACUAACAAAAAUAUUGUUUGUGUUACAGAAGUUUAUCAACUAUAUUCAUCGGUUAUUCAUUAGAUUCCAUAAUACCUACAAUUGACGACAGAAAAUUUUUGUAUCUGCGUACAUAUUGACACACACACAUAUACGCUCCAUUUCCCAGGCGUAGGAGCAAAGUCUAACACUUUUUGAACUUUUUAGAUUUGAUUUGGGUGUUAUAUCAUGAACGAUUCUAUAACGAAAUUUGAAGAACUUUGAAGAUUCAGUUUGGUUUAACAGUUUGGAUUUUUUAGGGUUCCAACUUCGGAGAAUUUAGUGCAUCUAUAUUUUAUGGAGGCACCACGAGCUUUGUUAGUUUUUAAAAAGCUUUUUUUCCCUCACCAUCUUCAUUAUUCUUGACGCGAGACAUCAAUAUACGAUGGUGGGCUUGUCGUGGGGACUAGAGAAGGGGUCCAAGAACAGAAGUCGAACCGACUGACGGUUCCCCAGUAUUUGAUCAGAAGUGCUCGACGUUUGGUCUCUUUUGUUUCCCUCUCAUUAAACACGUCUCUAUUUGCUCACAAAUAUUUUUAAAUUUGAAAAGUAGACCAUUUCGAAAAAUUGUAAGCCUUCCAAAAAGUGUUGUUCAAAUUAAUACAUUAUUCUGUGAUUUAUAAAUUUAUUCUAAUUGGAAAAAUUUAACUGCAGUUUACGAUAAUAAUAAAUUUAAUUAUCUUUUGAUAAAUUGAACUAUAAGGACGAAACUUCAGUAAUCUGCAGAUAACAUGUCUAACACAAUGGCGACCAAAGAAGACUUUAGCAUUACAAUGGAUGAAGAUAGUAAAGCGUCGCUGCCAAAAGAUGUGAAUUAUUUAGUUCUUCUGGGUAGAUUUGUGUGCAUUUAUUGGAGGACUCUUAUAUUAUUAUUGUGGCCGAUUGCACUUCUUCCUUUGGUCAUUGUAAAUAACGGAGAGAUGUACAGAUGUUUAUAUGUUGUCAUCCUGAUGGCUAUGUUUUGGGUAACAGAAGUUCUCCCAUUACCAAUCACCGGCAUGAUUCCAAUGGUGUUGUACCCAUUAAUGGGCAUCCUAAGCACAUCAAAAACUGCAGAUUGUUAUAUGAAUGACACAACCAUGAUGUUCCUCGGCAGUCUUGUUAUCGCAGUUGUUAUCGAAAAUUCUGGGCUUCACAUGCGGGUGGCACUAUUAAUUAUCAAAACUAUAGGCUGUAGUCAUAGAAAAUUAAGCUUGGGACUUUUCUGUGUAACGAUGUUCAUCUCAAUGUGGAUAUCAAAUACAGCUGCCACCGCUAUGAUGAUUCCCAUCAUGGAGACAGUUUUAGUUGAACUUGAGACGCAAGGGCUCGGUAACAUGUUCGAGGAGGACGACGCUCUGGAAGAAGAGGGCGUAGAGAGAACGAAACGACCAACGCAUACAACCAUGGUUUAUUAUUUGUCAGCUGCUUAUGCUUCUAGCAUUGGUGGGAUAGGUACACUCGUUGGGAGUGGGACAAACUUAACCCUUAAAGGAAUUUAUGAGGAGCGUUUUAACAAGAGCCCAGGAAUAAAUUUCGCUUCCUGGAUGUUGUAUGCAGUGCCAGCAAUGGUUAUAAUGGGUUUUAUUACAUGGCUGUGGCUGCAAAUAAUGUACAUGGGACUCUUCAGACCCAGAAGUAAAGAUGCAAUGGCCAUAAACAUAGGGGUUCAAGGUGAAAAAGUUGCAGCCUCAGUUAUUGAUAGGCGAUACAAGGAAUUAGGACCAAUAACGUGGUGCGAAUCAAUUGUGGGUUUUCUAUUCCUCGCUGUUCUACUCUUGUGGUUUUUUAGAGAGCCGGGAUUUAUGAGAGGAUGGGCAUCUUACAUAACAAAUCUACCAAUUAAAGACUCAACAGCUGCUAUCGGCUUCACAAUUCUUCUCUUCAUCAUUCCUUCAAAAUUGGACUUUUUACACGCUUUUGACAAAGAUCCCAGUAAACGGCCUACAAAACCAUCACCUGCUCUAGUGACAUGGAAAACAAUACACGAAAAAAUGCAUUGGAGCCUCUUGUUCGUUCUUGGUGGUGGUUUUGCUAUUGCCAGUGGAAGUACCGACUCUGGAUUAUCAACGACACUCGGUGAAUCCCUUUCCGGGCUGAAAGGAUUGAAUGAAAUUGUAAUACUUUUGAUUGUUUGUACUUUCGCUGAAAUGGUAACGGAACUCACAGCUAAUGUCGCAGUAGCAAACAUCAUUUUACCAGUAUUGGCCGAGAUGUGUGUCGCCAUUCGAAUUCAUCCAUUGAAAUUAAUGCUACCAGCCGCUCUCUGCUGUUCAUUCUCAUUUCAUCUUCCUGUUGGAACGCCACCAAAUGCCAUCGCCAGUGCGGCAGGUCACAUAAAAACGAAAGACUUUAUCAUCGCUGGCAUCGGACCCAGCCUUGCCACUCUUAUCAUUACUGUUUUGUCGUUUAGCACCUGGGGAGCCCAUGUAUUUCAUCUUCAUGAAUUUCCGAACUGGGCAGAGUCAAAAUCGCAAUAAUAUUUAAAUUAAAUUUUCAUCAUUAGAAGUUGACGUAUGUGCACAUAUCUGUAUAUCUAUUAUUUGGUAAAAUUGUAUUUUUAUCAAUCAAAAACAUUCCUUCCACGUGAUUAUUCGUAUAAGUUAUGGAUAUUAAUCUCUGAAACAUAAUUCAACGUUUUCUUUCACGUUUCGAGCGGUGGGUCAUUCGUUACCCCACAACUACCAAUCAGCCCGGAGGCGAUGGAGAGGGUAACUGGGCUAAUUCGAUAAGGUCUCUAGAAUUGUCCAGCUGUGAGCCCGAAUGUCGGCAAUUCGUUUUUCCUGGAAAACUAUUCGACCGAUCAAGCUGUUCUUGUACACACAGAUAGCCCUCAUCAUUGAGACUCAUAAACUGUGAAGAGUUGAGUUUUUUUUUGAGUUUCUUAGUCAAUUUUCUAAAAGUUGAUUUCGGAAAAGCGGCAGACAGAGUAGGGAGGAGGGAGGGGUAUAUCCAGACAUGACCUUCACACAUUGUUUCAGAUAAUUCUUUAUAAUUUUCAAUGAGAGAUGAAGAAUGUGAAAAAUAACAGAGCACAAUGCUUCCAUUCGAAAGUAAAAAAUGUGUUGGAAUAUAGCCUCAGUCUCCUGAGAAUUGAUUUUAUGAGUCUAUGGUUUCAAAAAUUUAUCAAUAUAGAGAGAGAUCUUGGGACUAGACAUAAACAUAAACCAUGAGGUCAUGUGGCAAAGGAACUGGGGAUCCUUUGUCACAUUAUGACGAUUUUUCUUUUGGUCUUGUUGACCACUUUCAGCUUUCAGUCUGCUGUGGCAGGUCGUGUAGCACAGACAUUUCUUCCUCGUGUCAUUUUCAAUAAACGUAAAUUAAAAAUAUUAAA